AUGGACCCCAACGACUACCUCAACACAGAUCCAUCUCGGCUCCGUGUCAUUGACCUCAAGAGGGCUAUUACCGAGUUUGGUGGAGUCCCUGAGGAGCGCGCAACCAAGGCGACCCUAAUAAAGCAGUUUGCUCAGCUUCGCUCAAACUACUUACGAACUGUUAGUAGGGGGCCACGAAGCCGUCCGCAAUCAGAAUCUUUUGAUAUCGGAGGGUUUGUAGAUGCUAUCGAUGAACAGCUUGUUGCCGUAAAUCAGAACUUAAACUAUAGCAAAGUGGGGAGAGGUGAUCUCACGCAGUCUGCCUUUGACUUCACAGGAGCCUUCAACGAUUAUGCAUUACAUGAGCAACUUGUCCGUGAAAACGAAGUAGAUGCUGCCAAGCCCGUGUCACCUUUGAAAAGGAUGAAAAAUCCGUACGGAGUUGAGCGGACUCCAGGGGAGCGAAAGGAUAGUACAGCUUCAGCACCUUCUACUGGUUCUUCUAAACUAGAUGGAAAGUCUCAGACUGAGAAAUCUAAAACAACUCUGACAGUAUCUCCUGUUGACCAACAAGAGAUAGCAAGGUCUGUGCUCCGCAAAUCAUCAUAUAUAGAUAAAGGUAGGGAUAAGCACUCUAGCUCUCAGAUGCAAGUCCAUGCAGAGAUGAAGCACAGUUCCAAGAACACAACCAAAAAGCAUAAAAGUAGCGAGAGGCACAGAAGUAAAAGUAAAGAAAAACGUGUCGAGAGCCAGAAGGAGUUGUGCAAGAGUGAAGGUGCCGGGCAGUUUCCGGUCAAAACCCCCACCAUCAGAAUAGAGGCACCUACAAACCCGUACCCUCACAUAGGAUCAUCAUCUAUACCUAGGGAUGCUUCUCACACUGCAUAUGGACGUGUGCAGCUGGAGAGAAGUGUACAUAGUCACCGUGGGUCAACCGUGCACGUUCCAGACAAGAAUCUUACACACAAAUCAACCAAGAGACGUGACACACUCUUACAAGAAACACAGCCACUGUAUAAAGGCAAACAGUACGAGGAUGAACACAAUGCCUAUAAUUUCAAGACUACCAUACACUCACAUCCUACGUUAGUUCGAUUGUCUUUCAUUUUCGUCUUACUAGUUGUAUCAUAUCAGUUGUUCUCCCUUGCCUCAGACCCGGUAAAGCCACAGAUACCCGUCAUUUCGCACGUAAUCAGCGUACUUUUCGCAUGCAUUUUCUCUGGUCCGGUAUACACAGAGACAUUGACACACACAUCUGCUCAGUAUGGUAUUACAGAGCCAUGUCCGACCUUUGGCACCUGCUCAGGUGGACUCCUGACGUCUUGCAUGCCUGGCUAUCAAAGGGCCCCUUCCAAUAAUUCAUUUUACCCCCAAGUCUCCUUUGUUUCCGCACGAAACUUCUUCAGUGCAAUUGGUAACAACGCCAUGGCUCGCUGGAUGCCAGGUGCGUACAAACAUAUGAGUGACGCUGCAUCACGGUCAUCAGACAUCAACGGUGAUGAUAGCUAUAGCUUAUCUCAAAUACAGUAUAGCUAUGGCUUUAUGACACGCGCCCCUGUUCUGCGUAGGCGUAUGCGUUGCCAGCGAGCAAGUGGGGUGACUACAAAACUAUCUUCUCUUCUCCAGGCUCUUGAUCAUGAGCUUCAGGCAUACAAGGGCAGCCUGUUUUGCAGGUCUAGAGGCCGCAAAAUCACAGUGGACACUAGUCUACCUCUACUACAGACUAGGACCAUCAGCAGAUUUCUCCGUCGCAACUCACUGAUAUUUUCGGUGGUCAAUCAAACAAGCACAAAUGGCAUACUUAGCGCAGAUUCCUUGAAGGAUCUGGUGACAACCUAUACUGAUAUCCUUCAAAACGAUGUACUUGAGGCUCUUACACAGGCUAUUUUGCACGAAGGAACAGACAAUGAAGUAUAUCUACCACCAAAUAUAAAGUUCCGUCUUCCGGAAGAAGCCAGAAAUAUACGCAGUGUAGUCCAGUGUGACUCAGAUGACUCCUUCCAGGACUGCAUGCAUAAGCAAUACAUCUAUAUUUUAUCCAAUACAAACGUUUUCACGCACUCGUUGCCACGAUUUAGUCUAGAAUGCAAGUUCAAGUUUUGGUUUCAUAGAGAUCCCGCUGCUGCUCUAGGAAAAAUACUUCAAUGCACGGUAUCCAUUGCUGGCUCACUCUACAUAGCAACAAAGAUAGGAGUAUACGUCAUUGCUGGGUACAUUGCAAGGCGCAUCAAGACAUAUCUCCACGAUUAUAAGGUAGAUAUGCUUCAGGUGGCGAAGCCUGGUGAUGCAAAGCUUCCAGGAUUCGCAGCAGUGACGCUCGUGCAACUUAGAGAUCUCUUUUUAGCCAGUUACCCGCGUGUCAUCCGGCUUAUAUUGUGGAAAAAGGUGCUUAAGAAUAUACAUUCCGACUCCCGAAUUACUAUAACAAGCUCUAUAGAUCUCACUGGCAGGAUAGCGGAGUUUGCAGUGUGGAACGGGCUUUUGCUUUCUAAUAGCUUCGGAAACGAUGCACCUAUCGCAGGAAGACACUUCAAAAACCAUGUAACCCCAGUCUCACUGCCUCCGCCAUCAGAGGACAACGAGUAG